GGAUUUUUCAUGCUCAUAUAGCAGCUGCAGCAUAGGGCAGAUAUGCAGUGUAGUUCAGUGUAGCGCUGUCCAUGUGAUCAGCUGAGGCUUGCGGCGCAGGCAUUCUCGGGUGUCAGCUCCUUUCACUGUCUGUGGGGUUCAGGGACGGACAGUGAGUGCCACUACGACAACAGCCAGAAUUCACUUCACAUUCCAGGACCUUUUUACCCAGUGUUGUUGACUUUUAGACUGAUCAACAAUGGCUAGAAAUCUUCUGAAGAACCCCUGUGGCGAAGAACAGAUGGAGCACUGGGAGCUGACUGAGAAUGGGGGCAGCGAGUGGGUCGUGCAGGACAUGCCCGGGGACUGCGGACAUUCCUUCGGGGAUGAUGGCGUCACAAAAUACUUUGCCACCUCUUUCGAAUUGUGCCUGAAAAGACAAGUGGUUGACCUUGUGUCAGAGGAGUACUCUCCGGAAGAGCUAGACACACAGCCAGCUGUCACUGUAGAAGACUGGUAUUGUGGACGGACAGAUUGUGGUUGCAUAUACCAACUGACCGUUUGUCUACUGGAUGAAAAUCAGGAGGUCCUGCAAGAGUUUAAGCCAGACAAUGUGACCCUUGACUGUGAUGACUGCUCUUGGAGACAGGUGACCCACACCUUCUCAGACUAUGGAGAAGGACUGCGCUUCAUCUCCUUUGAGCACGGUGGGAGAGACAACAGUUACUGGGAUGGAUGGUUCGGGGUCAGGGUGACAGGCAGUGCCAUUAGAGUGGAACUCUAAAGGCUACUUUGGAGCAGAGGAGAAAGUUUGAUGUUAGUAGGUGAAUAAGACAAUGGUUAAUUUUUAGCGACCUUCAGAGCACUAUAGGGGUAAGGUGUGGAACAACUUAUUGAAGAGCUGUCUUGUUCUAAAUUGCAUAGGCCUUAGAAUGGCUACGUUUUGCUUGAGUAUUUAAAGAAAGUAUAAUAAAGUAUUUAAAUACCUUUAACAAAAUUGAGCGCAAGGCAAGAAUUUCAAUGUUGUGGUUUUAGGAACUACUACUUCCUCGAUCUAAUAAAACCUACCUACUGCUGCUAUUGUCUUAAACUAAUGCACUAAUACCUGAAAUGCUGUUACGGUACAAUAUGCACCUGGACCCUAGUUAGUAUUUCCAAGCACUUUUUCGUUGAGACACUAAAAUAAAUAAACUGCUCAACUAUUUCUGACUGAUGUCCUGUAUGCAAAUCAG